AUGGAUUCAACUUCUAGUCUCAACCGUGCCAAGACUCUCCAGGCCACUUGUAGCUUUGCAAUCGCCGCCAGUUCUGGAGAUACCUGUGACUCCUUCGCUGCCGAAUGGGGCUUGACCAAGCAGACUUUUGAGUCUCUUAACCCCGGCGUCUCCUGCCCGAACCUCGGGGUCGGUCAGAACUAUUGCGUGGUCGGCACAGUUUCAUCUGCGCCGCCCUCGGGCUCCUCUUCGUCUUCGGCUCUGCCGGCCAAAACCUCCUCCACUCUCGUCACCUCCACGCGCGUGUCGACCACGUCGUCAUCAACGACUUCAGACCAGCCGCAGCAGACGAGUACCGCCGCCAAUUGUAACAAUUUUUACCUUGUUCAACCCGGCGACUCGUGCCCUCCUAUUGAAAACGACUGCAACAAGUUCUACCUCGUCAAGUCCGGCGAUUCAUGCGCCACUAUUGCUACUAGCCAAGGGACGACGGCUGCCAACAUUGAGAAGUGGAAUCCAGGCGUCGGAUCCACCUGCACGACUCUCUGGCUAGGCGAUUACAUUUGCGUCGGCGUGUAA